UCAAGCAGCCUGGCUCAUGGCUGUGUGGGGCCUGGGGAGCCGUCUUGGCCUGCGCGGGUGCUUCGGCGCCGCCAGGCUCCUGUAUCCCCGUUUCCAGAGCCGCAGCCCUCAGGGCGUGGAAGACGGGGACAGGCCACAGCCUUCCUCGAAGACACCCAGGAUCCCCAAGAUUUACACCAAAACGGGAGACAAAGGGUUUUCUAGUACCUUCACAGGAGAAAGGAGACCCAAAGACGACCAAGUGUUUGAAGCCGUGGGAACUACAGAUGAAUUAAGUUCAGCUAUUGGGUUUGCUCUGGAAUUAGUCACAGAAAAGGGCCACACAUUUGCCAAAGAGCUUCAGAAAAUCCAGUGCACAUUGCAGGACGUUGGCUCGGCCCUGGCGACACCACGCUCCUCGGCCCGGGAGGCUCACUUAAAGUAUACCACGUUCGAGGCGGGGCCCAUCCUGGAGCUGGAGCAGUGGAUCGACAAGUACACCAGCCAGCUCCCACCACUCACGGCCUUCAUCCUGCCUUCGGGAGGCAAGAUCAGCUCGGCGCUGCAUUUCUGUCGGGCCGUGUGCCGCCGGGCCGAGAGACGUGUGGUGCCUCUUGUCCAGAUGGGAGAGACCGAUGCGAACGUGGCCAAGUUCUUAAACAGACUCAGUGACUACCUCUUCACGCUAGCCAGAUAUGCAGCCAUGAAGCAGGGGAAUCAAGAGCAAAUAUACAAGAAGAAUGACCCAUCGGCCGAGUCUGAGGCACUCUGAAAUCACAGAAAGUGGGAGCUUGGAGGAUCCCUCCAUUGGUGAUGGCCGUGGAGAGAGGAGCUUGCCCUUGUGGGGUCCUGGUUCCUGAAGAGCUCACCCGGAGAGGCUCAAAGCAGCCUUUUGUCCCAGCUCAGCUUUGAUCUACACCUCCUGCCACCUUCCUCAAGGGACUGUGACCCUUUGGGGAUUCUGUCCCUGACCCUGCUUCCCCAAGCUCUCCUGGGUCUUGGAGGGAUGUGGCAAUAAAUUGGCAUUGCAGGAAA